CUUUUUCUGCUUGCAGCUCAAAUCGAAGUUAUACCAUGCAAAAUUUGCGGAGACAAAUCAUCAGGGAUCCACUACGGAGUCAUCACAUGUGAGGGAUGUAAGGGAUUCUUCAGAAGGAGUCAGCAAAACAAUGCAUCCUACUCCUGCCCCCGCCAGAGGAACUGCCUCAUCGACAGAACAAACCGCAACCGAUGCCAACACUGCCGCCUUCAGAAGUGUCUAGCCUUAGGAAUGUCUAGAGAUGCUGUGAAGUUCGGCCGUAUGUCCAAGAAACAACGUGACAGUCUGUACGCAGAAGUCCAGAAGCACCAGGCACGACUACAGGAGCAGCGGCAGCAACAGACAGGGGAAGCAGAAGCUUUGGCACGUGUUUACUCAUCUAGUCUAACCAAUGGACUGUCAACCCUCAACCAUGAAAUUGGGGGCACCUACGCCAAUGGUCAUGUCAUUGACCUACCCAAGGGUGGCCACGGUAAUGGCGGUGGACUCCCUGGGGGCUACUAUGGGAUGGAUUCCACCCAGCCAUCUCCAGACCAGUCAGGUUUGGAUAUGUCAGGCAUGAAGCACAUAAAGCAGGAACCAGUGUACGACCUAACGCCAGUACCCAACCUGUUCAGCUAUGGAGGAUACCAGGACAGUCAACUUGUUCACAACAAUGUCAGCAUGGGAGAAUUAGACCGGAUUGCGCAGAAUAUCAUCAAGUCUCAUCUAGAGACAUGUCAGUACACCUCAGAGGAGCUGCAGCAGUUGGCCUGGCAGACACACUCCUAUGAGGAGGUCAAAAUGUAUCAGAGCAAGCCUCGGGACGUAUUGUGGCAGCAGUGUGCCAUUCAAAUCACACAUGCCAUCCAGUAUGUGGUAGAGUUCGCCAAGCGGAUCUCAGGGUUUAUGGAGCUGUGUCAAAAUGACCAGAUCCUCCUGCUCAAAUCAGGUUGUUUAGAGGUUGUCCUGGUGAGGAUGUGCAGAGCCUUCAACCCUCUCAACAACACUGUGCUCUUUGAGGGGAAGUAUGGUGGCAUGCAGAUGUUCAAAGCGUUAGGUUGUGAUGACUUAGUCAGCGCGGUAUUUGACUUUGCCAAGAGUUUGUGCUCACUGCAGCUGACGGAGGAGGAAAUCGCUCUCUUCUCAGCAGCUGUCCUCAUUUCCACAGAUCGUCCAUGGUUGAUGGAGCCCCGCAAAGUUCAAAAACUCCAGGAGAAGAUCUACUUUGCCCUUCAACAUAUUAUGCAGAAGAACCACAUGGAUGAAGAUGCAUUGGCUAAGCUGAUCAGUCGUAUCCCAACAUUGUCUGCCCUGUGUACACUCCACACGGAGGAGCUUCAAGCCUUCCAGCAGCUUCAUCCAGAAACAGUCAAUGUGCUGUUCCCUCCACUGUAUAAGGAACUAUUCAAUCCUGACCCGAACUCUGCCAUGGCGAUGCCCAAGUGA